GGGUGUACCUACAGCCAUGCCUACGACUUAGAUUGAGUUGAGCGCCUCCUGCUCUGCGCUACACUACCGCCAGACGGACACACAUUCUUCCAUUCAGUCAGUCAGUUGGCUUGUCUGACGCCAAAGUGCAAGUCGGCUAUAGUCUCCCCUCUCUCGGGAUUUGUUUUGAGAGAAAGAGCGUUGUUUCUGUACAGCAAAAGAAAACGUGUGUAUAUUGGUUAUUUUGAAUGCGCUUGGAGAAAGUUACAUUUGACAUUUUUCUUGCAAAAACGCGGACACAAUGUGACAAUGUUGACCAGCAGACUGGGUUAUCCAUGACGGAUUGGUAAAGAGCUGUUCAUUAAUCAAGGAAAAGGGACGUAGAAAUGGGGAAACUUCAGUCCAAACAUGCGGGCAAACGUAGAGAGAACCCCGAAGGAGACAGUUUUGUUGUGAACGCUUUCCUCCGAAGAGCGAUGGGGGACUGUGAGAUAUACAGCCCCUCAGAUCACAGACUGAACAACAUUCAGGAGUUUCCACAUAGUGAGCUGAAGGGGAGACAGCUCUUAGACCAUCACUGUCCUCUAGAGGGAAGACUAGCUGUCGUCAUGGCGUCAGCUAAUGGGGAUCUGAAUAAAGAUGAAGAUGUGUGUUGUUGUGUUGUGCCAGUGGAUCUCCCUCCAGAGAAGGCUGCUGAGGGCUGUGACAGUUACCUGCAGUCCCCCCACACAGACCCAGGGCCAGACAGGCAGCUACCGAGAGGAGGGGACGCAGGCAAAGUCUCUGGGAAGAAACGCAUCAGCCUGGAUGACCUCGAGUGUGACGUAUCAGUGGAGGAAGAUAAUCGUCAGGAAUGGAUCUUCACCCUCUAUGAUUUUGACAACAGUGGCAAAGUUACUAAAGAGGACAUGUCCAGUCUGAUGCACACCAUCUAUGAUGUGGUGGAUGCUUCGGUCAAUCACUCGUCCUGCCACAGUAAGAGGAGGACCCUACGGGUCAAGCUGACCGUCGCCCCAGAGCCCAGUGCUCGGAGGAGAGACCACAUCUCCACUGGCCCAGACCGGGAGUCAGGACGCCUUCACCAGGAGGAGGGACGAUCAGCAGACAGACGGCUUUCUUCUCAUAUCAGGCCAGCCCUCCCAGGUCAGAGCAGUGAGGGACAGCAUUACUGUGUGGAUGAGAACACUGAGAGGAGGAAUCACUAUCUGGACCUAGCUGGUAUAGAGAACUACACCUCCAGGUUUGAAGGAUCCACCCCUCCCCCGCCCCCCCAGGAGACCCAUCUGCAGACCUCCCAGUCCCAGAACCGCUCCCGUUCCCAGGAGCCCGAGGCCCACGCCGCCCACGCCCACCAGCGCCGCUCGCAGGUCAUCAGUGAGAACUACACCCCUCUUGAAGCCCGGGGUCGGGGCGCGUCACACUUCCUGAAGUCCCCCAGAGGAACAUCUAAAGGAUCCGGCAUCGGAGGGACCACUGGGGGACUUGAAAGGGCCAAGUCUAGUAAAUACCACGCUGGGGGUCAUUACCCUCCUCAGCCUCCUCCUCUCCAGACCCUGCUGCAUACAGGGACCUCCUCAUCUGGGGGGCAUUACCCUCCUCAGCCUCCUCCUCUCCAGACCCUGCUGCAUACAGGGACCUCCUCAUCUGGGGGUCACGGAGGUCAGGAUGUGUACCAUCUCCCCUCCUCCAGCCACCACCAGCACCCUCUGCAGCACAGCCACAGCAAACGGCUCCGGGCCAAAGCCAGGGAGGGUCAGGGCCUGUCGCCGUCCAAAACGCCCCUGUCACCUCACUCCAAUCCCCAGCAUCAGCAUCAGGGUCCCCCUCCUCCCUGUCUGGAGAGGGAGAAGGAGAGGGAGCAGGGGUCUGGGCUGCCCGGAAGCCCUGGGUCCUUUGUGUUGCCUCUGGUGCAGCGUCACGAGCACCGACACCACCACGAACACCACCAUCACCACCACUACCACCACCACCACCAAACAUGACCCAAUAGGACGCCAGUCACAGUAACAGUCAGAGACUGAGAGACCUUUAAAGGGCCGACUGACCACACCCGUCUGUCUGAAGAAGGACUCAACCUCCUCGCCCAAUGGGAAUGUCUCCACUUCUGUCCUGAGGCUGCCCAAUUUGAGGUGGCACCCUAUUCCCUAUAUAGUGCACCACUUUUGACCAGAGCCCUAUUGGUUAGCCCUAACUCUAACCCUGUAGACGUUUGCCAAAUGUGGUGCACUAUAUAACAAGGUGCCAUUCAGACAGCCCAGGAUCUGAACCCUCCUCCAUUUCGUGCCAGGCAGGCUGCCAGAGCCAGACAGUUUCCCUGAGAUAUCCUGGGAUCAGACACACUGAUGGAAACUGGAGUGUGGCUGACUUGACUGCUGUGGUUAUUCCAUUGUAAAGGGUUGCUGAAGACACGGUGGUGCAGUUUUGUAAGACGUUUUCUAUGGCACAGUUCUGAAUCUGAAUCAAAUGAGGUUAAACGUCCUGCUGGACCAAGCUACUCCUCUCUACGCGUGGACCUUCACAAAGGGAGAACAGAUACAGUACAGCUCUAUGUGGACAGAGGUCAGAGGUCAUCAAAAGUGACAUCAUUUCCUCCUUGGUGUUGACCCAUAGAUUUUCUUGUUCCCAGAAGCAAGGUACUGUCUCCUUCGUCCCAAAUGACACACUAUUCCAUUUUAUAGUAUACAACCUUUAACCAGGGAUCAUAGGACUCUAGUCUAAAGUAGUGCACUAUUUAGGGAAUAGCGUGACAUUUGGGACACUGCCUCUCCGUGUGUCUUGUGUGUAGGAGAGCUUUCCUCCCAACGGUGUAUCUCAGGUGUUAGGUGCUGCUCCUUAGCUGUUCUCUCUACUACUUCCUCAUUGGAACCGGAACCCUGCUGUUGGGGUUCCAGAACCAGAGGAACGAUAUCAAAUCACCACUGACAGUUUUAAUGCAAGAAAUAUCUAGCUAUGUAAGCAUUCACAUCUGUAUAUGUAUACACAUUUUACUGUAAUAAUACUGUAUUUAUAUGCAUGUUAUUUCAUCAUGAAUUAUAAUGAUGCAUAUAUGUCUUUUGUCGUUGAUGUAUUUUAAUAAACAUUAUAUAUACUGUA